GUCCCGCCGUCGGAGGAGGAACUUGUCGCUCAGCGCGCACUUCCUCGGCCGCUAUGGUGAGCGGGGAGCCGGAGCUGGGAGAGAAGCGGACCGGGUACCGAGCCGAGCCCGACCUGCUGCAAGAGGCGAAGCCCGAGCCGGCGGACGCCGAGACGCCCAACGGGUCGGCGCCGGGGUCGGUGCCGGAGGUGCGCCUGACGCGGCGGCGCUGGGCAAUCGUCUUCCUCUUCAGCGCCUAUUCGUUCUGCAACGCUUUCCAGUGGAUCCAGUACGGCAGCAUCAGCGUCGUCUUCGCGCGCUUCUACGGCGUGACCCCUUUCGCCAUCGACUGGCUCUCCAUGUGCUACAUGAUCGUCUACAUCCCGCUGCUCUUCCCGGUCGCCUGGCUGCUCGACAAGAAGGGGCUGCGCCUCAUCGCCCUGGUGGGCUCCGCUCUCAACUGCGUGGGCGCCUGGGUGAAGACGGGCAGCACCAAGCCAAACCUCUUCCCCGUCACCGUCCUGGGACAGGUCGUCUGCUCGCUGGCCCAAGUCUUCAUCCUGGGCAUGCCGUCCCACAUCGCUUCCGUCUGGUUUGGGUCCCGGGAGGUCUCCAGUGCCUGCUCCAUCGCUGUCUUUGGUAACCAGCUUGGCAUUGCAGUGGGUUUCCUCCUGCCUCCAGUUCUGGUUCCCGAUGUGGAAGAGGAGGAGAAGCUGGCCUAUCAUAUUAGCAUCAUGUUUUUUAUGACUGCAGCUGUGGCGACAGCACUCUUCAUCUUAGUAGCUUUUGUGUUCAAGGAAAAGCCUGCACAUCCUCCGAGCCGGGCCCAAGCCUUGAUCCACACAGCAUCACCUGAGGAAUAUUCCUAUCUGCAAUCUAUUGUCCGUCUGUUUCGCAAUGUCAACUUUGUGCUUCUAAUAGUCAGUUAUGGCUUAAACACAGGCUGCUUCUAUGCUCUCUCGACCCUACUCACCCGCAUGGUGAUCAGCCACUAUAAGGAUGAGCAGCUGAACGCUGGUCGAAUUGGCCUCACCAUUGUCGUGGCUGGCAUGGUUGGAGCUUUGAUCACUGGCCUCUGGUUGGACAGAACCAAAACAUACAAGCAGACAACUCUGUUGGUUUACAUCAUGUCAUUUGUGGGCAUGGUGGUUUUCACGUUUACUCUGGACCUAGGCCAUAUCUGGGUGGUUUUUGUGACAGCAGGUGUGCUGGGUUUCUUCAUGACUGGGUACCUACCACUGGGCUUUGAAUUUGCGGCAGAACUGACAUACCCAGAAUCGGAAGGGACCUCAUCGGGCCUCCUUAAUGUAGCUGCACAGAUAUUUGGAAUAAUUUUCACCAUUAGCCAAGCACAGAUCUUUGAACAUUUUGGAACUCGAGCAGGAAACCUCUUCCUCUGCAGCUUCCUGUUUGUCGGCACUGUUAUAACUGCUUUCAUAAAAGCAGAUCUCCGGAGACAGCAGGCCAACCUGCGCGAUGAACAGACUAGACUCCAGGGCAGUAACUGUCAGAUAAUGAAUUAUGGACAUUGUACCUUAAUUCCAUCAUUUCCCAUCCCUGAUCAGUAAUUCUCAGACUAAGGUAGGAGAAUCAUACUAACCUGCUUAUACAACUCUUUCUGUGAGAUGGCACUGGCACCAAACCAAUGGCAUGUUGCAGGGCCAAAAUGUGUAGAGAAAGGGCUUGGUGUGGGGAAAAGCACACUCACUGGAUCCAGCAUGCUGGAUUCGGCCUAUGAUGCAAAUUUGAUCACCCACCAAGCAAUUGUCAAAGGGAAUGUUAAGUCCUCCAGUUAGAACAGCCACUGGAUUGGUGCCUUUUUGUGUAAAAUAACUAUUGCAAUUCUCAAAGCACUUUGCUUUGCAACGUUAAUUCUAUGCUUUUUCCUGAAGAGACCUUCAUGUUGCCGCUAAGUACGUGCUUGAAUAUGCUUCAUCUGACUAUCUAUCUUUCCUUAAAGCUUACCUUCCCCUUGUUGAAAAUGUAUGCUCACAUAUUUAUUGCUCACCAUUCUCAAGUUUGUUGGUGAAGAGGCAAUCACUGGAUGCAGUAAUGAAUUUCUUAAUGCUGGGCUGAAUUCUGAAGCAGUCAAGAACGGGUUAAAACAUGGUGGGAAGGGGGCUGGCUGCAGAAAAGUGCUAGAUUUACAAUUAUUUAAAAAAUCUAUCCAUGGCAUUUGAGGGGGUUAUAUAUAUGUGCAAGCUCACUGUAGAGUAGCGAGCAAUCGAUAUGUGAACAUUGAUGCAUCUUUCAAGGUGCCAUUCAUGUGCAAAGGACAUCCUGAGAUGAAAACAUGCUGCCCUACCACGACUUUUAGCGUUGCUGCUUGCAAAAUGUAACAUGUUUACAUACCGGCUAUCUUAAGCCAUUAUUGUGCCUGAUCCAUUACUUGCAGGAUGAAAUGAUGUUUUGAUUGUUUCAAAGACUCUGAAAUCCUUCAGGUAUAUUGCUGACUCAAUACACAGGCACCAUACCUGACAUUAGUAAUGGUAAAUCAGGACAAACAAGAUGCAAGAUUGGAAAUGUAUGAAUGCGUUUCUGCUUAUCGUUCCCAAUCUCCCAUUUGGUAUCCAGCACUUGGGGCUUUUCCCAGGCCACAUCACCUCGUUGGCUACACCCCUCACUGGACCUAUUCUGCACCAUCUCCAGUUCUUCUGCUUGGCUGGCAUACCUUCAGCUGUAACAAGGUUUCUUGCUUACCUGGAGGGAGGAGUUGUAUGUACAGAAACCUCUUAACAUGUGUGUGGCUGGAGUGUGGCCUACUAUAGGAAGAUAAGAGUUGCCUUGCCAACCUCUUUCAUGUGCCCCCUGGAAGGUUAUCCAAGAGAGCAGAGCCGGCCCAGCAAUGAGGCAGGGUGAAGCGUCUCAGGUGGUGGUGGAAGCGCAAAAGGAUGGCUUUCUGUUUCACAGGCCAUCUUCCACCAUGUCCCGGAAGACAUUGGGAAAAGUGCCUCAAACCAGCACUGUGCCGCUGUAUGAGGAAUCAAAAUUCUAAUGGUGGGAGAUUGAGGACCAGCUGGCGCCACCACCAACCUCCAUUCUCGUCUUUGACAUCUGUACCUCCCACUACACUUGGUGUAGCCCAGCACCUGAGGACAAUCUAGGAAGCUGCUGCUGGAAAGGAAUGCACAGGACUUGAGUCACCCUCACCUGAGCCAGCUCCUCUGUCCUGGUGGCGUGUCCUGGUGUCCUUUCUGCCAAGGGACCAAAGGCAGCAGUUGCUCAGCGGAAGAUAGCUUGUCUUGGCCAUUGCAGCCAAAUCACUGAAUCCAGCGUUUCUUCCAUUGCAUGGAUUGAGAGAGACCAUUUGUUAAUCCUGUUAUGUGUCCAGCAGACCUACUGAAUGGGAUAUGAAAUGGAUCCAGAGGAAGAUCCUUGCUCCUCAGGGAGAACAAGAAAGCACUUGCUCUGUGAGCAGCCCAAACUGAAGCGCAACUCAUGAUUUGCCACUGGGGAAAGACCUUACUAGGAAGCUUUCUCCCCUUCAAAACUUCCUGUUGGUAGACUAUAUUUUAGUAAAUCAAGCCCCAAGAAGAUUCUUUUUAAAGUAACGGACGAUAGUUUUGAAAUGAGAAUGCUCUCUUAUUACCCAAAUUAUGGCAAUACUCCAGAAAUGUUAUGAGGAAAAUAGUUUUUAAAGAAUAUUUGAAAAGGACAGCCUGUCAUAGGUUGCUUCCACGCUACAGCUUUUUAGUAUUAUUUGAGAUACUGCUUUUCCACAAACUGACUGGAAGCAGCAAUAAAACAGAGGUUCCAAAUAGACCUCUGUAACAUUUAUUCACAAGUAAGUCCUAUUCAGUAAAAAGCCCCUACAAUGUUAAUUAAAAGUUGACUCUUCCUGGAGGAGGGGUGCAUACAUUUAAUUACUGGUUCCCUUUUAUCAUUUUAUUCUUCUAUAAUUAUAUAACACUGUUUUCAAAGAAAGAGAAAAAAACGAUGUAAGGAAAGCAGUAACUAAAGCCCCUGAACAUAAGCUAACCAAAAAGUAUAACGUAUCACUAAUUGUCCCAGCAGUGCUGGACAAGAAGCAAUUAAACUUUGAGGAAACUUUCAUCAAAGGCGUAGGAAGUCUUAAAAGCCUUGAUAAUGUUUUGCCAGCACACACACAGGACAAGCAGUAACUGCAAUUGCAUUUUAUUGCAAGAGGCAGGAAAAAUGUCAUAAAACAGGUCUGGAAAAAACACAGGACGACAACACAGGAAACACUGGAAAUGCAACAAUUUGGCAACAAAUUACCAAAUUUGUUAAGGAUGGCUGUUUCAGAGAAACAGGCCAUUGUUGGAAGCAAUCACAGUAUGCAGUGGCUAGCUUUGUGGUUUAUGGAAAUUAUUUAAACCAGAUAUAUUUCAUGGAAAUUCACCUUUGAUCAGGGGAGGAAAAGUGCAGUUUAAUUUAUGGACAGAAGAUGAACCUUGUGUAUUUUGAAAUGGUUAUGAGUUGAACCAUACAGAAAUCCCCCACCAACCCCCAUGCAUACCACGAUCAUCUGAGACUGAGAAGUGCCAUUUCCAAAUUAGAGUGCAAUUUCCCUUCAUUUUGAAGGCAUCAAGUUCUACCGAAUACCUGUACAACUCUUACUUUCAUUGUUUGUUCAGAUUGUGUUGUAUAGUGUCUGUUGCCAAUGUAUUGGGAAUUUGGGCUUGGUUUAUGAGCUCUUUGACUAGGAUGUGUCCUGCUAUUAUUUGGAAAGCACUGUGUAACUAUAAAAAAUGUAUUUUUGUGUACAUUAGCUACAUAGUGCUACCUCAAAUACUGUUCUAAAACCAAUGAGCAUUUGAUGGUUUUAGAGCAAAUGCACAACACUCUGCUCCCCACCCCCAUAGCACUUCUAAAUUGGACAAGUAUCCUUAUAAUUUAAUCUCAUUCACAACAAGGCCCCCAAACUCCUCUGGGAGAGCCAAGGCAGUCCCAGGUUGAAAUUUCUGCUUGGCCAUGAAGCCUAAUUCAUGACCUUGGGUCCUCCAUUCUCUGUUAAGUCCAAUCUACCUCUCAGGGUUGCUGUUGUGAGGAUAAAACAGGGAAGAGCAUAUCAUGGAGCUCCUUGGAGGGUUGGAUACAAAUAAAAUAAAUGCGAUGAAACUGA